UCCCGGACCUGGCAACCCCGACCGAUGUAAACUGAGCAUGCGCAUGAUAAAGGCCGCUAAAAUUAACCAGCUAGGUAGUUAUCGUGUACAGAUGGAUUAAUUUAACUAGUUGAAUGUGGUGCGAGUUUUAGUCACGUAUCUUUAUACGUUAAUGCUUUUAAAUAAUACAAUUUUGUAAUAGUCUUCCGUGGUGGUUGCUGAUUAUUUUUGACUUGCCUCACUGCACUGCAGACGGCGCGGCCUUCUCAUCCUCGGUGUGUAUUUAAGCGCUUGGCCGAUCAGAGCGCCGUAACGCUGCAGGACACCACGCUGUGGUUCUGCUAUAGGACUCUUCCGGACCAGAUACAUUUAAAUUGAACAAUGGAAGCUCCACCAGUCACUGUCAUGCCUGUUACAGGGGGCACAAUUAAUAUGAUGGAGUACUUAUUACAAGGCAGUGUACUGGACCAGUCUUUGGACAGUCUGCUCCAUCGGCUUAGAGGUUUAUGUGACAACAUUGAGCCAGAAAGCUUUGCCGAUCACGAGCUUGUAUACCUUCUGAAAGGUCAGCAGGGAAAUCCAUUCAUCCUGCGAGCCAGACGGUCACUCGCUCACCCUACUGCUCCCUGGCACCUACGUUACCUUGGGCAGCCGGAGGUGGGUGAUAAGAGUCGUCAUGCCUUGGUACGGAACUGUGUGGAUGUCGCAGCCUCACAUAGUCUGCCUGACUUCCUCAAUGAGAUGGGCUUCCGAAUGGAUCAUGAGUUUGUGGCCAAAGGGCAUAUUUUCCGCAAAGGGGCCCUCAAGGUGGUUGUAAGCAAACUGUCUCGAGUGCUUGUGCCAGGCAACACGGAGAACACUGAACCUCUGUCUUUGUCCUACCUAGUGGAACUUAGUGUGUUGGCACCAGCUGGACAGGACACAGUGUCUGAGGACAUGCGUAGCUUUGCAGAACAGCUUAAGCCACUGGUACACUUGGAGAAAAUCGACCCCAAAAGGCUCAUGUAGGUGCCAGAAACCAUCCUGACUGAACUUGGAGUGUCAGUUUGAAUUAUUUUGAAGAAGGUGGCAUCACUCUAAAUAUCAAGUCUUGAAAUAGUAAAGUGUGCUAGAUUGCAAGGUGUGUUUAAUUUACAACUGAAUAAUUUAUCCAUGCCAACAGAAUGGUACUUUUGUAAACGAUUUGCUUUCUAUGGAUAAAAUAUGCAAUUUUGGAUAUCAGUGUGUUAUUUAGUCUUUUCAGUAGUUUGACUACAGGAGGAUGUAAAUGUUAUUUUCAGAAUUAAAAAAAAAAUAUGCCUCAUUUACUAUUGCACAA